CAAUUGUCGUUUUUGUUUUUAUUUGUUAGAAAAAAAAAACAGUUGACCCAAUACAACGUGAUUUACACGUGCUAUUCGAGAACUUUAAUAAAAGGCACCACCACUGUCAUAAGAUCCCAACUACAACAUAUAGUCAUCUCUCUUACCUCAGAGACAGACAGCCAUAUUCUCCGACACCCUCAACCACAAACGUCGUCGUUUUGACUCUUGUAUGGUACUUUCACGUUGAUCAACUCAUUUUCUUCUCAAAACUCCACUUUCUGCUGCUCGACAUGUUAUCAUUGAAACCCACUACUACACCUCUCAACAACAACCCCAACAUCUCCGGCGACCGGAGUUUCAGCUCGAUCUCCACCGCCACCGCCGGGAAAGAUGGAGACCUUAGAAGAAAGACCCGCGUGGCGGUUUCUGGGUCGAAACUCAGGCGACGUGGGUCGGUUCGGGCUGCGAUCAGUAGUGGGGACAACAAAACAGAGACUGUGAGUAGUAAUAGCUCUGUUCCGGCUCAUCAGAGUGAAGAUAAUUCCAACGGUUCUCUGAAGAAGAAGAAGCCAUCUAAAGGAAUUGAAGUUAGAGCAGUGAUGACUAUCAGGAAGAAGAUGAAGGAGAAGCUCGCUGAAAAAAUGGAGGAUCAAUGGGAGUUUUUCGUUAAUGGGAUUGGUCAAGGGAUCCAGAUUCAACUCAUUAGUGAAGAAGUUGACCCAGUGACUAAUUCAGGGAAGAGUAUACAGUCUAGUGUAAGAGGGUGGUUACCUAAGCCAACGAAUCAUCUUCACAUAGUUGAAUUUGCAGCAAACUUCAUUGUCCCAAAAGAUUUUGGUUGCCCUGGUGCUGUUCUUGUUACCAAUCUUCAUGGAAAAGAGUUUUAUUUGUUAGAGAUUGUUAUUCGUGGUUUUGAUGGAGGCCCCAUAUUCUUUCUUGCCAAUACUUGGAUCCAUUCACGGAAUGAUAAUCCAGAGAGUAGAAUCAUCUUCAAAAAUCAAGCCUACUUACCUUCACAAACACCAGCAGGGCUUAAGGACCUCAGACGUGAAGACUUGCUGAGCAUUAGAGGCAAUGGGAAAGGCCAGAGAAAGCUCCAUGAUAGGAUUUAUGACUAUGAUGUUUACAAUGAUUUGGGUAAGCCUGAAAACAAAGAUCUUGCUCGGCCAGUCAUUGGUGGGGAGAAGAGACCAUAUCCCAGGAGGUGUAGAACAGGCAGGCCUCCUAGCAAAUCAGAUCCUCUAUCCGAGACUCGAAUCGAGAAGCCUCAUCCAGUUUAUGUACCAAGAGAUGAAACAUUUGAAGAGAUUAAGCAGAACACUUUCUCAGCUGGAAGAUUAAAAGCUUUGCUUCAUAAUCUUAUACCAUCUAUAGCUGCAUCACUUUCUAGUUCAGAUAUCUCUUUCAACUGUUUUACUGAUAUUGAUAAGCUAUACAACGAUGGAUUCUUCUUGAAAGAUGAGGACCAAAAUGAAGUCAGUUUCACGUUUCCAGUUAUGGGAAAGUUCAUGAAACAGGUCAUGAGUGUUCAAGAAAGGUUGUUCAAAUAUGAUGUCCCUGCUGUUAUUAGAAGAGACAGAUUUUCAUGGUUGCGAGAUAACGAGUUCGCUCGCCAGUGUUUAGCUGGGGUUAAUCCUGUGAGCAUUGAGCUUUUGAAGGAGUUUCCCAUUCUCAGUAAACUAGACCCUGCUAAAUUCGGUGCCCCGGAAUCUGCCAUCACAAAGGAACUUCUAGAGCAAGAACUUGGUGGAAUGAGUGUUGAAAAGGCGAUUGAGGAUAAGAAGCUGUUCAUACUUGACUACCAUGACAUGCUUUUGCCAUUUAUAGAGAGGAUGAACUCUUUGCCCGGGAGGAAAGCUUAUGCCUCUAGGACAGUUUUCUUCUAUACAAAGUCUGGUGUUCUGAAGCCAUUAGUUAUUGAGCUUUCACUUCCACCAUCUUCUUCUUCCCUUGAAAGUAACAAGACUGUUUACACACAUGGGCAUGAUGCCACAACGCAUUGGAUUUGGAAGCUUGCGAAAGCUCAUGUUUGCUCCAACGAUGCUGGAGUUCAUCAAUUAGUAAAUCACUGGUUGAGGACUCAUGCUUGUAUGGAGCCUUAUAUUAUUGCAACUCAUAGGCAGCUGAGCUCAAUGCACCCUGUUUAUGUACUCCUUCAUCCUCACAUGCGCUACACACUGGAAAUUAAUGCUCUCGCCAGGCAAAGCUUGAUCAAUGGAGGAGGAAUAAUCGAGGCGAGUUUCAGUCCUGGUAAGUAUGCCAUGGAGCUGAGUUCAGCAGCAUACGAAAGCCAAUGGCGGUUUGACAUGGAAGCACUUCCAGCCGAUCUUCUUCGCAGGGGUAUGGCUGUGGAGGACCCCUCCAUGCCUUGUGGUGUCAAACUUGUCAUUGAAGAUUACCCUUAUGCUGCAGACGGUCUUUUGGUAUGGUCUGCCAUUAAAGAAUGGGUGGAAUCUUACGUUGAACAUCAUUAUGUUGAGCCAAACUCUGUAAGAACUGAUGUUGAGCUCCAAGCCUGGUGGGAUGAGAUCAAGAACAAGGGUCAUUAUGAUAAGAGAAACGAGCCAUGGUGGCCUAAACUUGAGACCAAACAAGACUUGUCUGGUGUGCUUACCACAAUUAUUUGGAUAGCAUCGGGUCAGCAUGCAGCUAUUAACUUUGGACAGUACCCUUUUGGAGGGUAUGUCCCUAACCGCCCCACGCUUCUAAGAAAGCUCAUUCCACACGAAGACGACACUGAUUAUGAGAAGUUUAUGUUAAAUCCACAGCGCACUUUCCUGUCUUCUUUGCCAACCCAACUUCAAGCCACCAAAGUAAUGGCAGUCCAAGACACUCUCUCAACUCACUCAGCAGAUGAAGAGUACUUGGGUCAAGUCAAUCCACUUCAUACACAUUGGACAAAUGAUCAAAUAAUUCUCAAGAUAUUCAGUAAAUACUCUGCUCAAUUAGAGGAGAUAGAUAAGAUUAUUAACAAAAGAAACAAAGAUAAUCGCCUAAAGAACAGAAGUGGCGCCGGAGUUCCCCCAUACGAGUUGCUUCUUCCUACCUCUGGUCCAGGGGUAACCGGACGUGGAAUUCCUAAUAGUAUCUCCAUCUGAAGCCACAAUUUAGCUUCUUCAAUAACAUUAAUAGUACGUUGUAGUGAUAAUGUUGAUUGUUGCACAACUUUUUUUGAUCAUUUACCUUUUCAAAUAUACAGAUAUAUCUCUUCUAUAUAAUUUGAUGAAAUGCUUUAUAAUCUGAAGCACAAUACAUCGGAAGCUCAUUGAUCGUGUGACCCUCUAAUAAGGGAAUUGUAGAAUAGCUUUAAGAUUUUAGUUGGAGAGACUAUAUCUCUAAAGUACAAUAAGAGAAUGUAGCAUCAAGAACAAAUUAUAACUUCGAAGUGGGAGGUGAUGAUGAUGAUGCAAGUUUGAUUAAAUUCCUCCUUAACACCUUUCCCUGUGCAUUCCUUGGUAUUGAAUCAAUGAACCUCAACUUUCUUAUCCUCUUGUACGGAGCAACCU